AUGCUCGCUCGCGGAUGCGUUCUGCGGCGGCAUUCGCUCUCUGCGCGACGGGUGCUCGGCCUUCAGGAUGGGCAGUCGUACACCCCAGCAGACAUCAAGAAGGCGUUUCGCGAAAGAGCACUGACCACACACCCCGACGCUGGCGGCCACGCCGACAGCUUUCGACAGCUUCAGGACGCCUACGAGGUGCUCCUGCACGAGUACAGAGUGGGGAAGAAGGACAGUGAGACAGCGACCGCCAGCGAGGACAGUAGAAGCAGCAGCGGCUUCUACGCCCACCCGCAUGCACAGUGGAGCAAUGACAUGCGCUCGCACCGCGCCUACUGGCAUGGCAUGCAUAAUGAGAUGAACAUGAACGCAAGCAGCUGCGGAAGCUACCGGGACGCGUCAAGCACGCACUACCGAGCUCACCCACAUCACCAUGCCUACGGCGAAGGACUAGGCGAGGAGUUUCAAACCCACUUCAAGUCGUCGUUUGGUGGCCACGGGCAGCGGGGCAGUCAAACUAACUUCUCCACCUGGUACUUCUACCGCCCAUACGAGUCGGACUAUCGCAGUCCCUACGGCACCGGCUUUACUCCAGAGGAAAUUCACCAAGCAACGCAGGAGCAGCGCCGCGCCUUCGCGUGGGCGGUGAUGCGGCACACCUGCCUGUGGUCCGGCCUAGCCUUUGUGGUCUACCUGCACGAGCGCAACAAUCGGGUUUGGCGCGCGACGGAGGCCCGCGGCAAGGACUACCAAGAUCCAGAGUACUGGGCUCAGGUGCGGAAAGAGGAGGAGGAGGCACAACAAAAAAAAUGGACAUCGCUGCGGCUGGAGCAUCACUGGCUGGACGCCCCGCUGGUGAGGCCUUUGAUGAUGGAUCACACCAAGGACGAUCACAACGGCGGCGGCGAAAAUGUUCAAGGGUCGAAGGAGAAUCUUUCUGGUGCUACCAGGGUGGGCACGGCUAUGGCAACUCAUCAAGCCAGAAUGACCGAGAAGCAACGGAGGCAAGCCGGGGGCCCGACGCGUGGUAUACUACGGGGUGUUGGCGGCAACGUGGGCGGGCCUCGUGUGGUGAGCUACCAAGGGCGGCCCUUCACUCCAAAUGGAGUGCGAGGCAAGCGCAACACAGCACCCAAGACACCGAAAACGUACGCAGACGACGUCACGUACGAGAUGGCGGACGAGGAUGACGACGUCUCGACAGACACACCCCCUAUGGGGUCGGGCGAAGGACGGAGGUAUAAGUGA